AUGCCGGCGUUGGCAAGCGAUACGUUCGAUUUGCCUCUGGCAAAGAGGCAAAAGACGGUCAUUGACCAAAAUUCUCCCGGAUCCUCGCGCGGAGGCUCCAAGAUCUUCGCGCCAUAUCGGACCCUAGGACUUGUGUCACCAACAUCGGUUCCCUUUACCUGCGUGCGCCUGGGCAAAUCUACCUUUCAAAUCACCACUUCCGUCGGCCAUUCCCUGCAGACCUACGAUGUGCGCAAAGGCUUGAAUCUCAUCUUCCUGACCCGACCGCAGACUCCCGAGUCCAUCACAGCCACCUAUGCCUGGCAAGAUAAGGUCUUUGCGGCCUGGGGCCACCUCCGGCCUCGGUCGCCCGGUGGCAUCUGGGUUUUCAAGCGUGGGAAACGGGUAGCAUCGUUCGACAGCCCUGGACUCGACGCGCCCAUUGAACGGCUUGCAGUCUUCGGAUCAUGGGUGGUUGGCUGCUGGGCAGGUGGUCUGGAAGUGUGGAAGACGGGCAGCUACGAGCACUACGCGAGCCUGCGACCCCGGCCGAGUCUUGGCGCGUCGGAGGAUCGGGUCUACUCCGGCAUCAUGUGCAACGUGCCCACCUAUCUCAACAAGGUCUUCGUCGGCCGAAACGAUGGAGGAGUCGAUAUUUGGAAUCUACGCAGCGGGAAGCUCCUCCACACGCUCCAGCCACCAUCCGCUUCAUCGCAGACGGGACCUGUGACGGCGAUGCAGCCAACCCCGGCCUUGUCGCUCCUCGCCAUUGCUCACAAGGAUGGCUCCUUGGCGAUUCAGAAUGUCGACUCUGGUCAAUUGGUCUUGUCACUGAGAACCAGCGCCGCUCGAGCAGCCCCGGUGACUUCGAUCUCUUUCCGAACCGAUGGGCUUGGUGCGGGCCAUGAUGGCCGGAUGGCCGGCGUGAUGGCCACGGCCGCCAGUGGAACUGGCGAUAUUACCUUGUGGGAUCUGAACAAGGGUGGUCGUGUGGCGGGCAUUCUUCGAGGUGCUCACCGAGUUUCAAAGACUGAAGCGGCCAUGGGUGUGAAUCGAGUCGAAUUUUUGGAUGGCCAACCCGUGUUGGUCUCAUCCGGGGAUGACAACGCUCUGAAGACAUGGAUCUUUGACGAGACCCCAUUCUCGCCCAUUCCACGGCCGCUGCAUUCCCGGGCUGGGCACUCGGCUGCUGUAAACACCGUCGACUUCCUCCCAGCGUCUUCGGAUGGAUCUGAAUCCGGCGGGAAGUGGCUUCUCAGUGCCAGCAAAGACUGUAGCAUGUGGGGACUUAGUCUUCGAAAGGACAGUCAGAACGCAGAAUUGUCCCAGGGUAACCUGGAGCGCAGGGCCAAGAAGAUGGGGCCAUCGGACCAGUCCAACGCGACCUCAGCCGAGACACUCAAGGCGCCUGAGGUCACCUGCAUCGCAAGCUCGCUCAACCGUGACGGUGGAAUGGGUGUCAGCACCUCGGGCCCAGUUUGGUCCAACCCCAAAUUCGGCAGCACCGAUGCCUCAAAUGCUACCGGCUGGGAGAGCGUCGUCACCGGUCAUCGGGGCGAUAAGCAUGCUCGCACCUGGUUCUGGGGCAAGAAGAAGGCGGGACGCUGGGCGUUUGCGACCAGCGAUGGAACGGAAGUCAAGAGCGUCGCAAUGUCUCAAUGUGGCACAUUUGCAGUUAUCGGAUCGGCCGGGGGUGCAAUCGACAUGUUCAACAUGCAGUCGGGUCUGCAUCGCCAAAGUUUCCCUCCUCCCUUGCCCAAACCCCGUAAACUCAAGGUGCAAAUUGCGGACAACUCGGCCACGAAGCAUACCAAGGCUGUCACGGGUCUCAUGAUUGACAACUUGAAUCGGACGGUGAUCAGCUGCGGUCUAGAUGGCAAGGUCAAGUUCUGGGAUCUUCUCAAAGGCACCUUGAUCGACCAGCUAGACUGGCACCCCAUGGCGGCGAUCACAGGGCUCCGAUUUAGCAAGACUAGUGAAUUGGUCGCUUUUAGCUGUGAUGACCUCUCCAUCCGUGUGGUCGACCUCGAGACCCGGAAGCUUGUUCGUGAGUUCUGGGGUUGUGUCGGCCAGGUCAAUGACUUCAUCUUCUCCAAUGAUGGACGGUGGAUCGUGGCUGCCUCGAUGGAUUCCGUGAUCCGAGUCUGGGAUCUGCCUACAGGGCAUCUCAUCGAUAUCUUCCGAGUAUCGAGUACAUGCGUCUCCUUGGCGAUGUCCUCGACCGGCGAGUUCCUUGCCACGGCCCAUGCUGGAAGCAUUGGAAUCAGCCUCUGGAGCAAUCGCAGUCUGUUCAUGCCCAUCUCCACAAAGAACCUAGAUGAGGAUGCCAUUGAGGACGUCAGUGUGCCUACCUCAUCUGGUGAAAGCGGCGCAGGUCUUGUUGAAGCGGCAUUUGUGGAUGCACCGGAAGUGGACGAGACAGAUGGACCGGUGCUGGCAACUGACCAGCUCCAGAAGGACAUGGUGACUCUGAGUCUGGUUCCCAAGAGCAGAUGGCAGGCACUGCUUCACCUUGACUCUAUUCGGGAACGCAAUCGUCCGAAGGAAGCACCAAAGGCCCCCGAGAAGGCGCCCUUUUUCCUUCCCUCCCUUCUCGGCUCCGGAAGCUCGCAGGCCGCUAAAGACGCUGCCGCGGCCGAUGCAGCGGAGUUGGAAGCUCUCACUCAAAGCGCCGAGGCUGAACGUUCCCGCGUCUCCAAAAUCCAGUCCGGUGCUCUUGGCUCCUCUGAGUCUCCCAUCACGCGGUUGCUGGAGUCUGGACAUCGCUACAGGGCAUUUGACCCGCUGGUUGAGCAUUUGAAGUCUCUGUCACCCGCCCGGGCUGAUCUGGAGAUUCGCUCUCUGGACCCCCGGGUACGCAAUGGCUUUUCGGAGUUGGCGGUCUUUGUCCAGGCUCUCACCGCACGGCUCAAGUUGCGAAGGGAUUUCGAGCUGGUCAACGCCUGGAUGGCCGUGUUCUUGAAGAUCCACGCAGACACGGUGGGGCUUUGCUCCCAUCGAGAUGAGCCUGAGUACCGACUCCUGCGCGAGGCUCUGACCUCCUGGGCUCGCGAGCAACAGCAAGAAGGCGAGCGUUUGGCUAGUCUUGUGGGAUACUGCCGGGGUGUCGCCGGGUUCCUCCGGUCUGCCCGCUAA